AUGCGCGACGAGCGCGCUCGGGAGGCGGCCGCGGGCGACGCGGAGCUUCCGCCGGAGGACGACGCGGUCGAGAUGGCGAGCGCCGUCCACGUGCUGGACAGCGUGGCGGAGGUGGGCCCGAACUACACCCUGCUGCGCAGCAAGGAGACGAAGGCGAAGCGGCGGAAGCGAAAGCGCGAGGAUGCCAGGGCGGCGCUCGACAAGAACACUGUCCUGUCCACCGGAUCGCGCCUCGAGAUCUUCUGCGACAGCUUUCUUGGCGAGGAUGGAGGUGGCGGGGAAGGCCGUGGUGGUGAUGGUGGUGGCGAGGGUGGGGGUGGGGGCGGCGGCGAGGGCGGCGGUGGUGAGGACGGCGGCGGCGGAGGCGGCGAGGGCGGCGGCGGGGACGGCGGCGGCGGCGGCGGCGACGGCGACGGCGGUGGCGGCGAUGGCGGUGGUGAGGGUGGAGGGCUAGGCGGAGGCGGCGGCGAGGGCGGUGGAGACGGUGGCGGCGGCGCUGGCGGAGGCGGACUCGGUGGCGGCGGCAAGGGUGGUGGUGGGGAGGGCGGCGGGGAAGGCGGCGGCCUCGGAGGUGGUGGUGACGGCGGCGGGAAGGGCGGCGGAGACGGCGGCGGCGGUGGUGAGCUCGGGGGAGGAGGUGAGGGCGGCGGCGGCGAGGGCGGCAGUGGGCUCGGGGGCGGCGGCGAGGGCGGCGGUGGUGAGGGCGGCGGCAGGCUGGGGGGCGGCGGUGAUGGGGGCGGGGGCGAUGGCGGAGGCGGGCUGGGAGGCGGCGAAGGAGGUGGCGACGGCGGCAGGGGCGAUGGUGGCGGCGGGCUGGGGCGCGGCGGUGAGGGCGGCGGCGGUGAGGCGGCGAGGGUGGAGGAGGAGAGGGUGGGGGGGGCGACGGUGGUGGUGGCGACGGCGGAGGAGGGGAGGGGGGCGGUGACGAUGGCGGCGGUGAUGGUGGCGGAGAGGGCGGCGGUGGCGAUGGUGGAGGUGAUGGGGGCGGCGAUGGCGGUGGCGGAGGGGGCGGCGAUGGUGGCGGUGGCGGCGGCGAUGGCGGCGGCGGCGGCGAUGGCGGCGGCGGCGGCGGUGGCGACGGUGGCGGCGGCGACGGAGGUGGCGGAGGGGGAGGCGACGGUGGCGGUGACGGCCCGGUGGGUCACGAUCGGGUUGAAGAUGAUGAAUUUCAGCCCGACCGCCGCCAAGCAAAGACGGGUGGAGGCCGAGAGGGCGGCCGAGGAGGCUGCGGCGGCGCUGCUGGCGGAGGAGGAGUCGGAGAAGUGCGCCAAGGAGAAGAAGAAGGGCAAGAAGAAGGGCAAGAAGAAGGGCGGCGGGGGCGGCGCUGGGCCGUCGCAAGAGACCGAGGCGCCGGCAGAGGAGGCGGCGGAGGAGGAGGCGGCGCUGGCGGCGGCGCUCGAGGAGAGUGCGAGGCUGGAGGCGACGCGGCGCGAGGCGGAGGAGCAGGCUCCUGAGUCCGAGGCGUACGCGGCGUCCGAGGCCGCGCCUCCCCCAGGUGAGCCGCCGCCGCCCGCCAUCGUCUCGCUCGCCGACGCCCGCUUCGACACGGGACGCCCGGCCGUGCCCGAGUCGACCCUCGGAGGCGAGACGACUUGUAUCAUCUGCUUCGCGCGGCCAAAGUCGCACGCCGCGAUGCCGUGCGGACAUCAGUGCGCAUGUGGCCCUUGCUCCGAGAGGAUGCCCGCUUGUCCCUACUGCCGAGAGCCGGUGCUGCUGUGGAUUGACUCCUCGCGCAUCCGCCUCGUGUGA